AGACUGUGUAUUCUGAUUAAAAUCCUCAUUUGUUUGGUCCAAGAUCAUCAGCACGUGCUUCGCAGCCUCCAUCAAUGAGACCAAGAACAUUCCCCGUAACAUCAUCCACUCCAGCGAUCCAUGUCGAAGCCCAAAUUUAUCAUCUCGGAGCCGCAAUAAUACUGCAACAUCAAGCAGUCAUGAAUCGGAUUGGGAAAAGCCAAAAAAAGAAGAGAAAGAAAAAGAAAGAUCCAGACCUUGAUUGCAAUCCAGCCAUCGAAACUCCCACCUCCUCUUUAACAAUUUAUUCUGUUUAAUUCUGAGUCUUUUAUUACCCUUUUUUGUUCCCUCCGGUACCUGUUUCUAAUUCAUUAUUUACUCUUUUUUUUCAACGAUCCAUUUUAGUCAUUUAUUUUUUUUCGCUAAAGUCGACACAAACAUGGAUUUUGUUUGACUCCGACAUUGGAGAUUAUUAGGGUUCCGAUUUGGGCGUGGGUUUGAAUAUCUUUAAUUUUUGUCGACUUUACUCUUCGUUUCGGCGUGGCUGAUCUCCUUUCCCUUCCCGAAUGUUUUUGGAAGUCGCCAAUCCUUUUGGAUGAGCCUAUGAUCUAGAUUCUGCUGGAGGAGGACUUGCCGAGAUUGCAAGUAGAAAAGAAUACAAAGGAGUACCAGUGGAUUCAUAAAGGAUUUAGGGUUUUCACUUGCAAUUUUCACUGCUAAGUAUUCGUGUUUUCUCCUUGUCGCCGUCAGUUAGCUUGGGCGUAAGGAGGUUUGUAGUGAGAGAAAGACGAGCUUGCUUGAAUCGUGAAUCCUUUCAUCAUACAUAGGAAGGAUGUAUCAAUCUCGAGGAUCCUCGAAGCAAUCUUGUAGGCUCAUUGCGGUUUUAUGCGGGAAGUUCGCUGACAGGCAGGAGGUGAAGUGUCAGCGUCUCUACCCGUUUCCUGAACUUCUUUCGUCAGGGCGAAUUGAGGUCCAUACACUUUUUAAUCCGACACCAGAUAGUUUUCGUGAUGCUCAGAAAUCAUUGGAGCCAAAUAUCCUGUUCUUCCAGGGGCAGCAACUUGAAAAUGAGGAAGAAAUUGGGCAUCUUGUUUGGGCAGACCUUGAUGUUUCAGAGCCUGAGAUGUUCGCUUCUCUCAUCGCUCCUCCACCCACAAUAGUUUAUCUGGAGGUUCCUAAUGGGGAAAAGAUAGCACAAACACUACAUUCUAAGGGGAUUCCAUACGUGAUGUACUGGAAGAAUGAGUUCUCGUCUUAUGCAGCUUCUCAUUUUCACCAGUCACUACUGUCAGUAGUGCAGAGUUCAUGUUGCCAUGCGUGGGAUGCUUUUCAACUUGCCCAUGCAUCUUUUCGCCUCUAUUGUGAAAGCAACAAUUUUGUUUUGCAUGCUAACGAUCAACAUUGUAACAAUAAAUUUGAACCACAUUUACUGGGUGACGCUCCUAAAAUAAAUGCUAUAAUUCCUGAAAGUGUUCCAGAGGAUGGAAAUGAUAUAUCUCUCGAUACCCUUCCUGUGACAAAAAUUUAUGAUGAUGAUGUGGAUGUGAGGUUUCUUAUUAGUGGAGCACCUUGCACAUCGGAAUGUCUAUUGAAUUCUUUCGAAGAUGGACUUAACGCCCUCUUGAACAUUGAAAUACGUGGGAGUAAACUUCACAACCGAAUCAGUGCUGCACCUCCUCCACUGCAAGCUGGCUCACUCUCCCGUGGUGUUGUUACCAUGCGAUGCGAUCUUGUUACUAGUAGUUCAGCACACAUUUCACUCCUUGUGUCAGGCAGUGCACAAACAUGUUUUGAUGAUCAGCUACUAGAAAACCACAUUAAAAGUGAGCUUAUUGAGAAGAAUCAGCUAGUUCAUUCUCUUCCAGAUUUUCACAAAAGCAAGUUGUCUCCAACAGAGCCUAUGACUUCUAUGUCUGUUGCUUGUGGAGCUUCUGUUUUUGAAGUUUGGAUGAAAAUUCCAUCGUGGGCUGCUCAGGUUUUGAAGCAGCUGGCUUCGGAUGUAUCCCACCGUAGCUUGGUUACACUUGGCAUUGCAAGUAUACAAGGUGUUGCAGUUGCAUCAUUUGAAAAAGAAGAUGCUGAUCGCCUUCUCUUCUUUUGGCGGCAACAGAGAAAAGAGUGCCACAUCUUUGAAUGCUUUCUUCCUCUGCCGGCUCUUUCAUCUUCCGCAAGGAAACAAAGGUCCAGACCUUCAGAAACUGAACAGGAUGGUUCAGAUGCCUGUAACCGUAUUGUAGAAACCGAUGGGUCAGUCUUUCUGAAACAUGAUGGCGAUGCCUUGAAACAAGUUGGCUCAUGUGAAGGGAUUCCUAGCACUUAUAAAAGAUUUAAGAUUGCUACAAUGAAGCCCAUUCCACACUCGCACCAACAUCAAAUGUUGCCUUUUUCAGGAGUUGACAAGGAUAUGAAUGAUGGAAGCCAGGCAAAAGUUAACCUGCAAAAUGUACUUUCCAUAAAGCAUAAUACUAUUCGCACUCCUUUGGUGCACAGAAAAUCUGUAUCAAAUUCUUUUCGUAAGCAACAAAAUAUACCUCUAAAUCCUUUACCAUUGAAGAAACAUGGAUGUAAUAGAUCACCAAUUCAAGAUUGUUCUGAAGAGGAAUUCCUUGAAGAUGUCAUGCAAUUUCUACUCCACAGAGGACAUAGUCGACUUGUUCCUCAAGGAGGACUUUCUGAGUUUCCUGAUGUUGUACUCAAUGCCAAACGUCUAGAUCUGUUCAACUUGUAUAAAGAGGUAGUUUCAAGGGGAGGCUUUUAUGUUGGGAAUGGCAUAAACUGGAAAGGACAGGUUUUCUCAAAGAUGCGAAACUAUACAAUUUCGAAUAAAAUGACCGGCGCCGGAAAUACAUUAAAAAGACAUUAUGAAACAUAUCUCUUGGAAUAUGAGCUAGCACAUGAUGAUGUGGACGGCGAGUGUUGCUUGUUGUGUCACAGUAGCACUCCUGGUGACUGGGUGAAUUGUGGAUUAUGUGGGGAGUGGGCACAUUUUGGCUGUGACAGACGACUGGGUCUUGCUACUUUUAAGGAUUAUGCGAAGACAGAUGGCUUGGAGUACAUUUGCCCCAACUGCAGUCUCACAAACACUAAGAAGAAAUCACAGAAGCUCGUGAAUGGAGGCUCCAGCACUGCUGUUCUUUCCGAGCAUACAUGAUCAUUUCUUUCCUCUUGGCAUUUUGCACGAGGAGCUUUGCAAGGGCUUACACUUCCUCAGAGUGCUAAUUCCUUGUGUUGUUUACUAGGCUUAGGUCAGACAUCUAGGACGAAUGCAGAGGGACAAACACUAUAGUAAUUGUUAUUAUUAUUUUGGUUUAUUUUAAAAAAUCUACAUAUUUUUUCUUCUUCUUUAUUUCUCUUUAUUAUAUAAUAAUUUAGCUGUUAUUUCAGAUAA